GUUACGCUGCUGCUGCUGGUGCUGGCGUUUCCUCUUCCUUUGACCGCGUGUCCUCUGCUUCCUGCUAUUAUAUUCUUUAUUUAAACUCUUUAUUUAAACUCUUUAUUUAAACUGAGCUUUACUCAUUUAAACUGAGCUUUAAUCAUUUAAACUGAGCUUUACUCAUUUAAACUGAGCUUAAUGCUUGACUGUGAGCGGCUGCCUGAACUUUGACCUCUGACCAGAUUCAGCCUCGUUAUAAACACCAUGAGGCUCUGGGUGGUUUCAGAGUGAAUUAGAGGUGUUCUGGGGGGUGGGGGCUCACAAUGAGGCUCCUUGUUGUUGACCUGGGGAGGGCGAGGCAUGCAGGGCCAGCUGAUUAGAGCGGGGCUGGAGCUCAGCCCUACGUCAGUGGACAGGAUAAACCGGAUCUGCAGCUCGUUCCUCAUUCCUCUGAGUUCCUUCAGAUCAGCGGCGACAUGGCUCAGAGCCCCAGAGGGACGGAGGUGGGGGGCAGGAAGAAAUGGACCCUCCCUCAGAAAAGUGGAAUCGACCAAAGGAAACCGAGCAGCUGCUCUCCUGAGAGAAAACUGGCUGUUCCUUUCAGGGGUCAUGUCUCUGGGGGGAUGAGGCCGGGGAAGAAGGUUGUUGUGGUGGGUGUUGUGGAACCUCGUCCUGACAGGUUCUACGUGGCCCUGUCCUGUGGUCGUGGGACGUCCCGGGAACCUCCACCCGACGUGGCUCUUGAGAUGUGUGUUCGAUUCAAAGACAAACAAGUCUUGAGGCGAGCCUGUGUGGCGGGUUCCUGGGGGGACGCCGACGGAGCUAUUCCCUUCUUCCCUUUCAUCAGGAACCAGCCGUUCAAGAUUGAGAUCCAGUGUGAAUGGAGCAGGUUCCGUGUGUUGGUGGAUGGACAGAAUCUGUUUGACUUCAACCACAGACUGACAUCACUCAGCAGCAUCGACACGUUCUGGAUCAAAGGCUGCGUCACCCUCACCAAGCUGGCUUAGACACACACAUAACAGAUAUACAGAUACAGAUGUAUAGAUAAAGGCUGCGUCACCUAAGCUACACGUAAAACACAUGGACACAUACAUAUACAGUUAUAGAUGUAGUUGUAGAUGUAGAUGUGUGAACUAUCAGGACUGACUCCCUGUGGAAUAAAACCUUUCCAGAGUCAUUAGAGCUGAAAACAUGUUUGUGUAAAUAUGUAUUUAUUCAGGCUGGAACUAUGAAACAGUUUUGUAUUUUAUUUUUGUGUUGUUUUUGUGAACGUGAUGAAUUAUGAACUGCUGCAACCAUCAAGCUGUUUGAGCAAAGUUCAGGAUGUUUAAUGAGAUUUUAUUGUUUUAUUGUUGUGUUUUUUAUUGGAUGAUAUAAAGCACCACAGACACUGGAGAUAUAAGAAUCUCUUCUCGUAUAAUUAAGUAAAUAAAAUCACUGCAGAGCA